AUGUGUGACGUUAUUGCCGCCCCUGUUGACCGACCCAUGAAACUUGGUAAUGAAACUGAGUAUUCUGAGGAUGAAAGGAAGACAAAGAGGCUCGGGUCGUUCAAGAAGGUGGCAAUGAGUGCCUCAUCUAAGUUCAAGCAUUCCUUUGCCAAGAAGGGGCGCAGGCACAGCAGAAUUAUGUCUGUUUCUAUAGUGGAUGAACUUGAUGCAGAAGAGUUGCAAGCAGUCGAUGCUUUUCGUCAAGCACUUAUCUUGGAAGAGCUAUUACCCUCAAAACAUGAUGAUCAUCACAUGAUGCUAAGGUUCUUGAGAGCAAGAAAGUUUGACAUUGAGAAAACAAAACAAAUGUGGGCUGAUAUGCUCAAGUGGAGGAAGGAAUUUGGUGCUGACACUAUCACGGAGGAAUUUGAAUUCGAGGAACUCCAUGAAGUUCUAAAAUACUAUCCGCAAGGGCAUCAUGGGGUUGAUAAGGAUGGACGACCUGUUUACAUUGAAAGGUUGGGUCAGGUUGACUCUACCAAGCUGAUGCAAGUAACAACAAUGGAACGUUAUCUCCAGUACCAUGUAAAAGAGUUUGAGAGGACCUUUGCUGUUAAGUUGCCUGCCUGUUCCAUCGCAGCAAAGAAGCACAUUGACCAAAGCACAACUAUUUUGGAUGUGCAAGGAGUGGGUCUUAAAAGUUUGAACAAAGCUGCAAGGGAUCUUCUCCAGCGGCUUCAGAAGAUUGAUGGUGACAACUACCCUGAGUCUCUGAACCGUAUGUUCAUCAUCAAUGCUGGUUCUGGAUUUAGGCUAUUGUGGAAUACCAUUAAGUCAUUCCUAGAUCCCAAGACCACCUCAAAAAUCCAUGUCCUAGGUAACAAAUACCAGAGCAAGUUGCUUGAAAUCAUUGAUGCCAGUGAACUCCCAGAAUUCUUGGGUGGUACUUGUACUUGUGCAGAUAAAGGUGGCUGUAUGCUUUCUGACAAGGGGCCUUGGAAUGACCCUGAUAUCUUGAAGAUGGUUCAAAAUGGAGAGGGCAAAUGCCGGAGAAAAACCUUAUCUGGCAUUCAGGAGAAAACAAUCAUAGAAGAUGAAACAGCACGUCAUAAUGGAUGCAAAGAAUCAUUUCCGGAGACAUACGAUGUGCCAUGUAUAUCGCCAAAACAAUGUGGUGCUUAUCAAUAUGACGCAUUUGACCCAGUCCUUGACAAGCCAGUUGAUCCAUCUUGGAAGAAUGAUAAAAAUGCACUUUCUAAAGAUUGUUUCCCAAACAAUAAUAGCAAGAUGUCUGAUGGGGCUAGCAAUCAGUUUGUCGGUGGAAUCAUGGCCUUUGUUAUGGGAAUUGUAACCAUGAUCCGCAUGACAAAGAACAUGCCAAGGAAAAUCACUGAAGCAGCACUCUAUGGCAGCACAGUAUAUUAUGAUGGCACUAUGAUGAAAGCGCCCACCAUUUCUAACAAUGAUUACAUGGCCAUGAUGAAGCGCAUGGCAGAACUAGAAGAGAAAAUAACUGUUCUCAGCAUGAAACCAGUCAUGCCACCCGAAAAGGAGGCAAUGCUGAAUAAUGCUCUUAGCAGAGUCAGUACUCUGGAACAAGAGUUGGCUUCAACCAAAAAGGCACUUGAUGAUGCCCUUGCUCGACAAGUAGACCUCCAAGCUCAAAUUGAUAAGAAAAAGAAGAAAAAGAAGCUGUUCCGCUUCCACUGGUAA